AUGUUGAGACAACAGUUGGUUAGAUUCUCCACUAGAAGAGCUUUCUCUUCUACCAUUAGAAAGCAGAGUCAUUUUGAAGAAGGUGUGUACUCUAAUAUUCCAGUUAAGGUCAAGAACAGAAAGAUUCCAUUCGGUUGGGUUCACUUUGGUUUCUUUGGUGCAGGUUUCCUAUUUCCAUUUAUUGCCUGUCUCGUUCAACAGAAGAAGCAGGGUUUGAUCUAA